UUAUCCUGUAUCGAUUGCUCAUUUCCCUUCAGGUGGCAGUAGUCACUGUUCCGAGUCUUUUGUGUAAUCUCAAAGCCAUUCCAUCCGAUAUCGUCAUGACGAGAAAGGGUCUCAGUGCAGCGGAAAUCAAGCCGUGGUCCUCGGGUCGUGUUUUGACGGGGAGGCAAAGAGAACGCAAGCGACUGGUCAACCGUGCUCGCGGCCAUAGGUCCAGAGAUCGUCUUCAACAAUCCACAGAAGCUAUAGAAAGGGGAAUAUCCCGGAUUGAAGAAGAGCUUCUGAAGUAUCUUGGAUCAGAGUUCGACACAGCAGCAUCAGUCAACCCACGGGUCUUCCAUACACAUGAAGAUUAUAACGCAAAUACAGCGCCUCUAAAAAUACUACCGGAAUGCACCAAGACCAAUUCGACGUGCCAGUCCAUGAGAAUCGGAUCUCUUCAUUCCUCGGUGGCUAGUCAAAAAGAAAUUAUGUGUCCGUUGACCGAGAAACCAAACAUGAUUGCCAGCUUCAAUACAAGUGGCUUAAGCAUUAGCUCUCAUAUGAGUUAUCUAUGGCGGGCUAGCAUGGUCCUUGGUACGAUUCAUCUUCUACAUCCAACACAAGUUUGCUUUGACGAUGCGAUCAAUCAACAUGCAUUGAUAUGUGGGGUCAUAGACGGCUGGCAUACUAUUAUGCGCAAACAACCUUGCUGUCCCGUUUGGAACAUCCUUUGUCGGAUUGACAUGAGCAUCAAAAUACGCAGUGGAACUGAGACCCGGCUUGCCAUGCUACGUGGAAUACAUCUUCUUCUUCUUUGCUUUGUCUCUCCCCAUCUUUAUUACACUCUGCCGGAAUGGUACCGCCCAAAGGAACGCGGAGGGUUAGAUUCGCAGGAUAUUGUUUCUGAUUACUUUGCAUGGCCUGAACUACGUGACUCGCUCGCUUCCACUCGACAGCCGGAGUUGAAUGAUACUUUCUGGCAAUUCUUUGCCAAAUGCUUCCGCUUCAUAUGGCCCCAUGGAGUUGUUAACGCGAUCGAUGUGGAUUUCUGUUCCGGUACCUACAAACUUUCCGGCUCAUUUCAUGAUGGCACGCAGGAAGUCAGUCGCUAUGCAUUAGAUCCUGAGUUUUUCGGUUUUUAUCCUGAGCUGAAGGGAAUAUUGCCCAUUUAUGCCGAUUCACGAUGAGGAUACCAUGCGGCUUUUUGCAGAGAUACUUGCAGCAUUUGUGCGGGGCAAUAUUCUGAGACAAAGAUUACUCUGAAGAUGGGGCUUCUGCUACCAAGUGCAAAUCAAGCAUGCAUUUAGUCUCGUGAGUGACCGGUUGAUUGUGCGGAAGACCAGUGCGGCCACUCGGCAAAUAAAAAUUCUGCCGGCAAAAUCACAUGCGGGAGAAUGAAAUAUACGUAUACUACCUACCUAACUACCCUAAAUAAGAAAAAUGAC